CCUCUUGGUGGCGCCAGAUAGCCAGAACUCACUCUGCGGUUGGAGGAGAAGAGGUUGUGACGCACGCAGUGGACCGACGCAAAGAUGUCGGCUCACGACCAGCUGGUGUUGUGUUUGUGUGAAUUAACGAGGUUGCUUUGGAAGUUGCUGCUCCCGCUGGUGCUUCUGUGUGUGCUGCUGGUCGCGGUCCUCGUCCUGCUGGUGCUGGCCGUUCGCCUCUGGCUGCAGAGCAGCAGGAACGCUCGGCGGGCGAGGGAGGGCCGUCCCACCGUGGCGUUUUUCCAUCCGUACUGCAACGCCGGUGGAGGCGGGGAGAGGGUGCUCUGGUGUGCCAUCAGGGCUCUGCAGAACAGGUAUGCGGACAUCAACUUCGUGGUGUACACCGGCGACCUGGGCGUGACGGGCCAGCAGAUCCUGGACGGAGCCCGGCGGCGCUUCAACGUCGUCCUGCCGCGGCCCGUCCGCUUCGUGUUCCUGCAGCACCGGGUGCUCGUGGAGCCUGGCCUGUUCCCGCACUUCACCCUGCUGGGACAGAGCGUGGGGUCCGUCUUCCUGGGGUGGGAGGCCCUGACGGAGCUGGUGCCCGACCUCUACAUCGACUCCAUGGGUUACGCCUUCACUCUGCCGCUGUUUCGCUACCUGGGAGGCUGCAGCGUGGGCAGCUACGUCCACUACCCCACCAUUAGCACCGACAUGCUGUCUGUGGUGGCAGAGAGGAACCCACGAUUCAACAACCCGGACUUCAUCUCAAACAGUCUGUUCCUGACCGCCUUCAAGUUGGUCUACUACUGCCUCUUCGCCGUGCUCUACGGCAUGGCCGGCUCCUGCAGCGACGUCAUCAUGGUCAACUCCUCCUGGACCCUCGACCACAUCCUGUCGCUGUGGCGCUCCCCCAACCGCACCAGCGUGGUGUACCCGCCCUGCGACGUCGGCGCCUUCCUGGACGUGCCGCUGGAGGACGACGGGGACAGGAAGUGUCACUCCAUCGUGUCGGUGGGGCAGUUCAGGCCAGAGAAGGAUCACCGGCUGCAGAUCAGGGCCUUCAAGAAGGUGCUGGACAGGAGGAGGGAGGGGUCGGGGGCCGGAGCGGCGCUGAAGCUCGUUCUGAUAGGCGGCUGCAGGAACCAGGAGGACGAAGACAGAGUGCUCAUGCUUCGGGGACUUUGCCAGGAGCUGGGCGUGGCCGACAGGGUGGAGUUUAAACUGAACGUGUCCUUCGGGGAGCUGAAGGAGGAGAUGAGCAGAGCCACCAUCGGUCUCCACACUAUGUGGAACGAGCACUUUGGAAUCGGUGUCGUGGAGUGCAUGGCAGCAGGAAAGGUCAUCCUGGCUCACAAAUCGGGGGGCCCGAAGCUGGACAUCGUCAGACCUUUCGAGGGACGCCCAACGGGAUUCCUGGCAGACGACGAGGACGGUUACGCCGAAGCCAUAGAGCAGAUCCUGGCCCUGCCGGCCGAGAGCCGCCUGCAGAUCAGACGCGACGCGCGGCAGUCAGCGGCGCGCUUCUCAGACGAGGAGUUCGAAGCGUGCUUCCUGGCAGCGACGGAGCCGCUGAUGGGAACGCUGGAGCUCUGAUCGGCCUCGUGUGCUCAAACCUGAAGCCCCUCUACCUUAAUGCUCUGAUGGCUUCAUGCAGGACUGGCGACAAACAUCACUUCCUCCUUUCAGAAACAUGUUGAACUGAAACGGUUUUGUCACGGUAAGAUAUUUAGCUGCAUAUGAAGCUGCAGUUCUAUGUAAAGUUUGUGGAUUUCUUUUUUUUUUUUUUGAAACCACACUUGUCUAUAGUGUAUAUAUUGUAGUAAAUAUCAGCAGGACUUUAGUUAAAGACCUGAAAGAUGAUUAAAUUGUUUACAAAAAAUAUAAAUAUUUAAUUCUAUUCAUGUACUAUUGAUAUUGAGUGUGCAUUUAAUAAAGACAGGGUUUUUUUUAUAUUCAUGCAGUUUAGAAAGUGAGAUCUUUAGUGUGAUAGAAAAUAAAACUGAACUACUUUUA